GGUUUUUUGGUGUUCUUCAGGUGGCCACUCUGCAACUUUUGGAAAUCUGAGUUGGCAACACUGCUUGUCAAACCUUGAAACUUGAAACAUUGUAAGGUUAUGGAUGGACAAACAAGAAUCAUAUUAUUCAAAUAUUAAAAAAAUGCCAACUAUGCAUUGAUAAAACUAAUAAAACUUGAAUAUAUUUCAGGAGGGGCUAAAGAUAUUCCAGCCUCAUUCCAGUCAUUACAGAAUUCUGAAGAUGGAUUUUUCCAUAAAAGCAUUGUUAUUUUAUUUUAGUGCUCUAGGUGCAUCUGCUAUUUUAUCUAUUUGUAUCCUUCUCAUAGCCACAUCCAAAAUUUACCCAGUAAUAUACAGAAGCAAAAAAGAAAAACGUUUUUUGGAUCCUUCCACUGGAGAUACUUUGGAAUUUCCUUCAAUCAAUGAAGAACAUUCAGUACAUCUGAGUGUUAUAGUACCAGCCUUCAAUGAGGAAGUUAGACUUCCACCUAUGUUAGAUGAAUGCACAGAAUUCCUGGAAGAAAGAUGUGCAAACUCCAACUUUAAAUAUGAGGUAAUCAUAGUUAGUGAUGGUAGUACAGACAAAACUGUGGAAGUAGCCCAUGGCUAUUCAAAAAAACUAGGGACUGAAAAAGUGAGGGUGUUAGAACUAGAAACCAAUAGAGGAAAAGGAGGUGCAGUGCGCUUGGGCAUGCAGAGCUCAAGAGGUUCCACAGUUCUAUUUGCAGAUGCAGAUGGAGCUACAAAAUUUGCAGACCUAGUCAAGGUGGAAAAUGGAUUGACCAAAUUGAUAGACUGUGAUUAUAUCAAAGAGCCUACCAAAGCAGAAAAUAAACUGGCAAUUUCUAUUGGAUCCAGAGCACAUUUAGAAGAAGAAGCUAUAGCCUCAAGGAGCUUUUUCAGAACCAUUUUGAUGCAUGGCUUCCAUUUCCUUGUUUGGCUCUUUGCAGUAAAAGGCAUCAAAGAUACACAGUGUGGUUUCAAAUUAUUAACUAGGCGAGCAGCCAGGUUGUGCUUUGAUAACCUACAUGUGGAAAGAUGGGCAUUUGAUGUUGAGAUGUUAUAUAUUGCACAAACACUGAAAGUUCCAAUUUCUGAAAUUGGUGUGAACUGGACUGAGAUAGAUGGAUCAAAAGUUACACCUGUAUGGAGUUGGAUACAAAUGGGUGGUGAUCUAGGGCUCAUUUGGCUUAGGUAUACCAUUGGUGCAUGGAAAAUUAAACCAUCCAAACAAGAAUAAUUAUUAUUCCUAAUGAAGUUUUGUAAUAAUGAUUUUAUAAUUAUAUAUACAUUAUAAUUAUUAUUGUAUUAAUUAA